CUCCGCCCCGCCGCAGCCGCUGUCCGCACGCCGGUGCUGAUCCACGCAGAGGCCGCGCGUUGCCCCGGUGCGCUUCCUCGGCCGAAGCGAAGAUCGAGGCACCGAAAGCCCGUAGCCUGGUAGAAGGGCCAGGGCGGCGCCAAGUCCGGCCGAGUACGGCCCGCGAUGCCUCUCGAAGCCGGCACGCUCGCCGCCUCCGUGAAGCAGCCAGGCCCCGGGGCCGCCGAGCUCUGAGGCCGCGCUCGUGCCAUGGCCGCCCGGGGAGGACCGGGCCCCGGCUCCCGGCACCGCGCGCUCUGCGGGCUGCUGCUGCUCUGCCUCUGGCUGCCCGGCGGCCGGCCCGGGGAGCCCGCCGCUCCGUCGUCCGGGGUGGAUAGGCUGCUUCAGGACUUUCGCCGGCAGCUACAGCGGGCACGGCCUCGCGAGGAGCUGGAACCGGAGCUGCUGGGCGGCCCGCGGGAGGAUUGCCCGGGUGCGGGCGGUACGGCGGUCUACCGGGCGGUGCCCGACACCAUCAUCCGCCCGCAGGACUCCAUCGCGGCGGGAGCCAGCUUCCUGCGCGCGCCCGGGACCGUGCGCGGCUGGCGGCAGUGCGUGGCGGCCUGCUGCUCCGAGCCGAGCUGCUCGGUGGCGGUGGUGCAGCUGCCCCGGGGGCCCAGCGUGCCCGCACCCAUGCCCGCGCCCCGCUGCUAUUUGUUCAACUGCACGGCGCGCGGCCGCAGCGUCUGCAAGUUCGCGCCGCUCCACGGGUUCCGCACUUACACCCUCAGUCGCGCCGGGGACGCCGCCGCGUUCUCUGCCGGGCCAGGUGAGGACGAGCCUCCAGUCAGCAGGGCUGGGAAGGAUGUGGUUUUACAGCUGCCCACAGACGGGGUAGUUCUAGACGGCCGAGAAAGCACAGAUGACCACACCAUCGUCCUUUAUGAGUGGACGCUGCAGCAGGGUGACCCGUCGUCAGUGGACAUGAAGGUGCCUCAGCCAGGAACCCUGAGGCUGUCCCGCCUGAAGGAAGGAGCGUACGUCUUCCAGCUGACUGUGACUGACUCUGUGGGUCAGAGAAGCUCCGACAACGUGUCUGUGACUGUGCUUCCCCGGCUCUAUUCCACGGGAGAUGAGGGAUGCUCCAGUGCUUGUUCCCGCUACCAUUUCUUCUGUGACAGUGGCUGCUGCAUUGACAUCGCCUUGGCUUGUGAUGGUGUGAGGCAUUGUCCAGACGGGUCUGAUGAAGCCUUCUGUCAAAACUUGUCUCUUGACCGCAAGUGGGUGACACACACAGUGGCUACUUCUGCCCAGCCAGGAGUCACGGGAUUAAGUGAAGGUGAAGGAGACCCCAGGUCGGGGUCCCAGAGAGCCACUCCCCACAGGCAGCCGGCUCCUGCAUCCCACACAGAGAAGAGGAUACACUCCACCCAGAAGGCGCCGGAGAGUCAGAUCCAUCCUGUCCAGCCAGACAGUAAUUCCUCAGGAAAGAACCAAGAAGAAGGAAAUUACUUUCUCAAGUCCAAGAGUGGCAAAGCGCGAGCGGAGCACCCUGCCCCGGAAGCAGGUCAGUGGAUACCGUGGAGACACUACAGAGUUGACCCGAGCACAACGUUGUUCCUCUCCAUUUCAUAGCUGGACAACACCAAAAUACAAAUUAUAAACAACUGAUGUCUGAGCACAGAUACAGCUGUCAAGCACCUGUCUGCAUGCCCUGCAGCCUGCUGGCCUAUUGCACUGGGCUUGUCUCAGAGUGUUAGAUAAGACUCCCUGUCACUCGUCAACUGUGGAGCUGUGGCCACGUAUCUCUGGAGACUCAGUUCUUUUUUUUAGAAAUUAUUAUUAUUAUUAUUAUUAUUAUUGAUUUGUUUUAUGUCUAUGAGUACACUGUUGCUGUCUUCAGACACACCAGAAGUUGGCAUCGGAUCCCAAUCCUGAUGGUUCUUGGAAAGCCUACUCUCUCAUUCCUUCCAGUUUCUGGGGCUCGAGGGGUUUCUGAGCUCAUGGUGGCUGUAACUUUAACCUUUGUACAUCUCUGCUUCCAUGGUGCCUUUCAGAGUUCUCUUGUUUUCCUGUAAGUGCAGCAGUCUGAGUUGAAAAUGACUCGGUACUGAGGUCUUUGCGAUAUAGCCACAAAGAUCCCGUUUCCUAAUAUUGUAUUAAGGGCCAUCCGUGGGUGACCUGGGUGUGCAGAGCCCUAAUCAUCAACCAAUCCACUGCUGCGCUGACAGAGUUGGCACUUUUCCAGAAAUAGGGUGGAAACUGGAUCAAUGAGCCACCCACCUCACACACAUUCAUUAAAACUAGCAGGGCCUUUCAAGAGCUGUGUUGACUCAGGAAGUGGGACAGGGUAACUUUAUUAAAAACCACAGCUUAACAGGUGUGCCUUUUCCUGUGUGUGGUUUGAUUCACUGUGGCGAUGCUACAGAGGGCUGCAGACCACAGUGACUCUUUCUGCCAGUGACCUGGAGGAAGGUCUGUACCCACAGAACUCCUAACUCCUACCCACUCGGUAACCACCACUUUCAGAAAGAACAUCCUUUCUGCGGUUCUUUGUUCAGAUGUGUUUGUAACCAAGAAAUGUAUGUGAAAGAGACUAUUAGUACUAGGUAAAAUAGAGAUAGAAUCUGUUUAGUGUGAGAUUUAUCUUCCUUGGUUUUAUGUAAAUAUUUAAAUUAUAAAAGAUUAGAUGUAUAUUAAAAUUGUAAUAUUUUGACAUAAAUAAAUAUUUAUAAAUAUUUAAAUCUAUGUAUAUAAUAUAUUUAUGAUAUUUUAUAUAUAUAUAUAUAAAUAUUUGAUGCAAUAUAUAAAAAUAAGACAGGAAACUUUAAUUUUCUGAAUUUCAUGCAUUUUUCUAAAAGCAUGUACUGUUUCUUUCUCUAUUAAGACAUGUUUGUCCUAUGGGGAUGGGGCAUCUGGGAAAGGGGAAAUCAUUUGGAAUGUAAACAAAGAAUAUAGAAAAUAAAAAUAUUUAUAAAAAUAAAA